ACCUUCUUUUGUCUCUCGAGUGUAUUACUACUCCCUGUAUCCCAAUUUAUGUGUCAAGUUACAUUACAGAUUUCGAGAUUCAAAGAAGCUUUCUUUUAAGUAAUCCUUUCAUAUAUCUUUUAAAUAUUUUAAAUUAUCAAUUACUCCUACUUUUUAAAUAUGUAAAUUUUAUUUUAAAUAUGCAUGUCCACAUUGACGAUUAAAUUAAACUGUUUGACUCUUGAAAAUCAAACUGUGCCGCCUAAAUAAUUAGGACAGAGAAAGUAUCAAUUUUUUAUUAUUGUUUUCAUCAUGCUUAUGUCAAUUGAAGGGGAGAAAAAGGUGAUGCUAAAGGUUUGAUUUUUGGGAUUUCUAGGGUUUGAGUUGGCAAUUUUGUGGAAUCAAUUGAGGUGGGAGUGAAUUAAAGAUGUGGGCAGCUUCUUGUCUUGCAUCAUGCUGUGCGGCGUGUGCUUGUGACGCUUACCGGACAGUGGUGUCAGGGAUCAGCCGGCGUUCAGCUAGGAUUGCGUAUUGUGGUCUUUUUGGUCUCUCACUUAUUGUUUCAUGGAUUCUUAGAGAGGUUGCUGCUCCUCUCAUGGAGAAACUCCCAUGGAUCAAUAGUUUUCACACAACACCAAGCAGGGAGUGGUUUGAAACAGAUGCUGUACUGCGAGUUAGCCUUGGGAACUUUCUCUUUUUCACAAUUUUGGCAAUCUUGAUGAUUGGUGUAAAGAGCCAGAAAGACCCACGUGACGGCAUGCACCAUGGUGGUUGGAUGCUGAAAAUCAUUUGCUGGUGCAUCUUGGUAAUAUUUAUGUUUUUCCUUCCAAAUGGGAUCAUCAGCUUCUACGAGACGAUUUCGAAGUUCGGUUCUGGGCUAUUUCUACUUGUGCAAGUAGUACUCUUGUUGGAUUUUGUCCAUAGUUGGAAUGACAAGUGGGUUGGAUAUGAUGAGCAGUUCUGGUACAUCGCACUGCUUGUCGCUUCACUCAUAUGUUACGUGGCUACCUUUGCCUUCAAUGGAAUUCUCUUCCAUUUUUUCACUCCAUCUGGACAUGACUGUGGUUUUAACACUUUCUUUAUUGUGAUGACUCUUAUAUUCAUCUUCGUUUUUGCUGUUGUUACGCUGCAUCCAUCGGUUAAUGGAAGCAUAUUUCCAGCGUCAGUUUUAUCUUUGUACUGUACAUACCUGUGCUACAGUGCACUUGCCAGUGAGCCUAGGGAUUACGAAUGCAAUGGUCUACAUCAUUCCAAAGUUGUUUCCACUGGUACACUUACAGUUGGACUGCUUACAACAGUACUCUCUGUUGUCUACUCUGCUGUUCGUGCUGGAUCUUCUACAACUCUACUUUCCCCUCCAAGCUCACCACGUGCAGGUGCUGGGAAACCUUUGCUACCAUUGGACAAGGCUGAUCAGGAGGAAGAAAAAGAGAAAGCUAAGACAGUGACAUACUCCUAUUGUUUCUUCCACAUCAUCUUCUCUCUUGCUAGUAUGUAUUCGGCAAUGCUUCUUACAGGAUGGUCUACCUCUGUGGGAGAGAGCGGGAAAUUGGUUGAUGUAGGAUGGCCAUCAGUUUGGGUCAGAAUUGUGACCGGUUGGGCGACUGCAGCUUUGUUUAUCUGGUUUCAAGUGGCUCCAAUUCUCUUUCCAGAAAGGGAGUUCUGAGCAUCCAAAGUGUUAGGAGGAUCAAAGCAUCACAACUGGAUAAUUUGUAUAUCUCUGUGUGUUGAAGGAUCAUCCCUGCCUCUCAAUCACUGAAUAAAAUGAGUGGUUUAAGUAACU